AAAGUUUGCAUUGUAGCAGCCUGGAGCUGACGUCACUUCUCUUGAGUUGCUCGGAGGAGAGAGCCUCCUCAAUCUGCGAUCAGAGAGCAACACAUCCAGUCACACUCUCAACCCUGGACUCCUCUUAUUGACCAAUUCUCCGUUCAUCCCUUUCGACAUCCGCAAAGAAACAAACCUGGAAGUUAAUUAUUACAGUUCUUUUUUUCCUCCCCGUUUCGUUUUUUUUCUUUUUCGAAGGGAAUACGCCGGAUUUUCGACGAGGAGGUGCAGAGCGAGGAUGUCGCAGAACUGAGGACAGUCUCAUGCAAAACCAAAUACUCAUUAUAAUGAUGCCUUCAGCAAAUGAUGGUGAACAAAUGAUGCAGGAGUAAACAAGGAGAUAUGGAGUUUGGAGAGCGGCUGGCCUCCCCAUCAUCAGCCCCGUCCUCCCUUCACAUGGCCUCCUCUUCAGCCAGCUCCUCCCCCGCUCCACCCCAGACUCCCUCCACCAAGUGCAGCAGCCCGGCACCAAGCCCUGCAGGCAGCUCCCCUCUCACCACCUGUGGCCACUUGCUCCAGAUAACAGGGGAUGAACGCUUGAUUGUGUCUGGAAGCCCUAAUGGGUUUCCUUCAGUGAGCCGUCCAGCUUUUGGGCUGUACACAUCAAGUUCCGGCCGCCCUGAGUUCGGGGGCCUGGGAAGUCUGGGUUUGUCUGCCUUGGCAGCUCACUCUCAGUUUGGUACAUUUCCAGACUGGUGGCGGCCAUCUGAGGCACAUACCAGGGGAGCAGCAGCCUUCAUCCCCCCUCUUAUGGGUCUGCAUCCUAUGUUUGCAUCAGCAUUCAAGAGCCAUGAUUCUGCUCACAUGCAGUCACGUACCUCAGGGAACUCUGCUGUGAACAACACUUCAUAUCAAACAAAAGGAAACACGGAGAAAACUCAAGCCAAGAGUAGUCGUCGUCAAAUGAGCAGCCAGGAUCUGAGCCAACUGCACCAGAGGACCGUUCAGAAAACAAAAGAAAAGAAACCCAUCAAAAAACCACUUGAGACUUCCAGCAUGAGCGGCAGCCAAUCAGGAUCAUUGUCAGACAGCUCCAGUGAUGGCGAGGAGAGCAGCAGUGAUCCUGAUGACAUGGAGGAGGAGGACAAUGAUGAAGAUGAGGAUGAUCAGAGCAAUGACAGUGAGGACUCUGAUUCAGAAAAAGACAGUCCAGAGAAAAGGAAAGUUGAGCGGCUGACACAGAACACUUCUGAGAGUAAAAAGAAGAGACCUUCCUCGGCUGACGGAAACGCAACUCAAGACAGUCACCGUGACAUUGUUUCUUUGAGUUCUUCGUACCGCCUCCAGUCCUCGUCUCAUCCUGCUGGCCUGCCACAGUCCUCAGCACUGUUCCUCCAGAACUGCAGGACUGCAGAGGAGGACAGCCAGAAGCACAUCAGUGUCAUCCAAGCCACCGGAUUGGCAGCCAGCAACAGUCCCCUAGCGCAGUCCCACAGGGAGGCCUCACCUUUGCCCUUCUCCAACUCACCGAAGCACCUCUCUCAUUCAUCCUCACCAAAGCAUAAUCCUGCCUCCUCCUCCCCCAAACCUUUUUCUCUCUGUUGCCCUUCGAAGCCCCCCUCUCUUUGCUCCUCACCCAAGCCUCUCCACCUCUCUUCUUUACCCAAAGCACCAACGCUGUUAGCCUCACAAAAGCCCAGACAUAAGCCCAAAUUCUUGAUGCCCUCUCCAAAGCGCACAGUGCCUCUUGAUGGCAUGAAGGAGAGCAGUGGAUUGCUACACUUGAACAGUUUUAAAUUGAACAAGCCCCUCCAUUCCAAGGAUUCUGUGGAGCAAGUGUUCUCUUUGCGACCCAAGAGUCAGAACUGCAAUGACAACAAUCCAUUCCUGAACCACCACCACCCUAAUGGAGUGAUCCACACUGCAGUUCAGGAUGCACCCUUGGCCCUCAUCACUAAACCCCGCAGCCAGAGCAGCGUCUCUGCUAGCAAACCCCUCCAUGCAGCUACCAGCCCUCCGUAUCCCAUGCCUAUCAACUUGAGCACUAGCACCAAGGAUAUUACGCGGAGAUCUGCUUCCUCGCUCAAAUCUUCUGCCUCAUCAGGUGUUGGUCACACACCAAGGAAGAGUCCCAAGAGCCUCUCUAAAAGCACCACAUCCCGUCCCCCUGUAGACCUGGUCCGGAGCAGUGAGUCUGAUAUCCACAGCAGCAAAGACUCAGACGACUCUUUAGGAGAUGACUAUGAUGAUGAUGAUGGAGAUGACAUUGAAGAUGAAGAUUCUGGCAGCAGCCUUUCAGAGUCAGAGAGCAAUCUGGAGAGCGACUCUGAUGGCUCAGAGGAUGAUACGAAAGAGCGGGGUGAGACCGAAGCAGAUAGUGACACAGAGAGGACUCCUCAGAUGCUCGCUAAAACGUCCCUGUCCACUCACAAGGCCUCCAAGAAAGUCUCGGGCAACUGCUCCCUGCUUAACCUGCAGAUCAUCAAGCCUCCUAGUUUACCGAGUGGCCUGCUCAAUGCCACUGCAGUGACCAGCUUAGGAGCGAUGAGUAAUCACAGCUCCAUCUCGCCAUCUUUCUCAUUUGCCACAUUGCCAGGAUCAGGAAAGAGGAGGAGAGUAACAGACGAGAGAGCUCUGCGGUUGCCUCUUGACUUUGGCUGGCAGAGAGAGACCCGAAUCAGGAAUGUGGCAGGUCGCCUACAAGGAGAGGUAGCUUACUUUGCUCCAUGUGGGAAGAAGCUGCGUCAAUAUCCAGAUGUAAUGAAGUAUUUACUCCGCAAUGGAAUAACUCAAAUCUCACGGGAUAACUUCAGCUUCAGUACAAAAAUUAAAGUUGGGGACUUCUAUGAAGCCAGAGACGGACCGGAGGGUUUACAGUGGUUCUUGUUGGCAGAGGAGGAGAUCACUCCCAGUAUCAUAGCAAUGGACGGGAGGCGCAGCCGCUGCACAAAGUCCGAGAACCAGUCGAUCGGCGAACCCUCCAGGGCCAGACAGUGGAAGUCUCAUCCUCUUAAUAUCGGUGAAAAUAACUUCCCAGAUGUCAGUGAUGCCAAGCUGCUACGCAAACUAGAGGCUCAAGAAAUAGCUCGACAGGCGGCUCAGAUCAAAAUGAUGAGAAAACUGGAGAAGCAGGCCAUGGCGCAAGCAGCCAAGGAGGCAAAGAAGCAACAAGCAAUGAUGGCUGCAGAGGAGAGGAGGAAGAAGAGGGAGCAGAUGAAGAUUCUUAAACAGCAAGAGAAGAUCAAGCGCAUUCAGCAAAUUCGUAUGGAGAAAGAACUCCGUGCACAGCAAAUUCUCGAGGCGAAGAGAAAAAAGAAGGAGGAAGCAGCCAGUGCAAAAAUAUUGGAGGCUGAGAAGCGAAACAAGGAGAAAGAGUUGCGAAGACUGCAGUCUGUAAUACUGAAGCACCAGGAGUUGGAGAGACAUAGACUAGAUAUGGAGAGGGAGAGACGCAGGCAGCACAUGAUGCUCAUGAAGGCUGUGGAGGCCCGUAAGAAGGCAGAGGAGAAAGAGCGUCUGAAGAAAGAGAAGAAGGAUGAGAAACGGUUAAACAAGGAGAGGAAACUGGAGCUCAGACGACUAGAACUGGAAAAAGCGAGGGAGCUGAAGAAGCCAAAUGAAGACAUGUGUUUAGCAGAUCACAAGCCACUUCCAGAGUUAUCUCGGAUCCCCGGUCUGGUCUUACCAGGAAGUACCUUCUCCGACUGCCUGAUGGUGCUGCAGUUUCUCCGCAGCUUUGGGAAGGUCCUGAGGUUAGACAUAAAUCCAAGCAUGCUCAACUUGAGUGACCUUCAAGAGGGGUUGCUCAACAUUGGGGACAAUAUGGGCAAGCUGCAGGACCUGCUGGUGAGCCUGCUCUCUUCGGCUGUGUGUGAUCCUGGUUUACCUGCUGGACAUAAGACUAAGACCGCCUUGGGGGACCACCUGACUAAUGUGGGGAUCAACCGGGACAACGUGUCUGAGAUCCUGCAUAUCUACAUGCAUAGUCACUGUGAGCAGACAGAGCUGGCUACUCUGGCCAUCAGCCUCAGGACCAAGGCUUUUCAGGCCCACAGCCCAUCACAGAAGGCCUCCAUAUUGGCCUUCCUGGUUAAUGAGCUCUGCUGUAGUAAGGCUGUGAUCAGUGAGAUCGACAAAAACAUCGAUCACAUGACGAACUUGCGGAAGGACAAGUGGGUUGUUGAGGGAAAGCUUCGCAAACUGAGGAGCAUCCACGCCAAGAAGACAGGGAAGAGAGACAGCAGUGUAGGGGGAGAGGACAUCAACACGUCUGUUAACCCCACAGCCAGCAGGAACAAAUGCAAGAGAAAAGAUGGUGACAGUGAGGAGGAAGACGACGACGACGACGACAGCGAGGAUGACGACGACGAUGAGGAAGAGGAGGAAUCUGUGGGAAAGAAGGGGAAGAAAGCAGAAAUAAUUGAAGAGGAGGACGACAAUGUACACUCAGCCAGCAUGGAGGAGCUGGAGAAACAGAUAGAGAAAACACACAAGCAACAGAGUCAGAUCAGACAGAAGUUAUUUGACUCGUCACAGUCACUGCGCUCCAUGACGAUCGGACAGGACCGCUACAAGAGACGUUACUGGGUCCUCCCACAAUGUGGUGGCAUCUUUGUGGAAGGCAUGGAGAGUGUUGAAGGCUAUGAAGAGGCGGAGAAAGAAAAGAAAAGACCAAGGACUGCUCAGGUGAUCAGAGUAAAAGAAGAGCAGCCAGAAGAAACAAAAAAGUUGGGUACAGAUGGUGAUGCAACCAGGACAGAGAGCCAGCAAGACCAAGACAGCCUCAAUCUCUUCCUCCAAAAGCCCGGCUCCUUCUCUAAGCUCAGCAAACUCCUCAAAGUGGCCAAAAUGGCUCAAGAUUCAGACAUCAAUUCUCACAACAGUCUUUCUGCUAAAGUCCCCACUACUGCAUCUUAUCCCUCAUAUCCCACCUCUCAGACAGCCACCUCUCAGCCAGGACUGAUGGAUAAAACAGAUACUUCACCAUUCAAAAGCAACCCCUGGAUAACCAGCAGCCCUCAGUCGAUCCUUCAUGAGGACCAGCUCUCAAAGGUACUGACGGAAAAGAGCAACCAGUGGUUUAGCCUGUUUCCUCGCUCUCCUUGCGACGAGGACUCAGUCACCUCCGGCUCCAGCCCUCCAGCCUCGUCCUCUCCUCUGCAGACCAUCAGCACCAAAUCCCCCUCCUCGCUCUCCCCUAAUCCCUCAGCUGCAUCCAGCUCCGGCGCUCCUGCUGGAAUCAAUAACAUGCAAUCGUCUGUCCUUCAGCAAGUGAAGUCUGGCGUUCAUCAGAGCAGCCUGACACUGUGUGACAUGUCCAGCAUUGCAACAAGUCUCAGCCUGCCCUUCUCCGGUACUUCCAUACCCCCUGUGCUGAAUCUGGCCUCCCAGCAUGCAGAGGGUAAUGGGAACAGGGUCUUCUUCCUGGCAAAUAACAACUCUGUCAUCAAGAGUGAGACCCCAGAGCCCCCGACUGACAAGCCUCCUCGUGCCUCAUUCCCUGCUGCGGAGGUGGCCAAUACCCAGGACUGCCCCAGUCCUCAGCCUAUCCCCGAGGAGAUGCUGCGUGGCUGGUGGAUGGUGUCAGACAUGGAGGAACUGCGCCGUCUGGUCAAGGCCCUAAAUAGCCGAGGCAUCAGAGAGAAGGUCCUGCAGAAACAGAUCCAAAAACAUAUGGAGUUCAUGACCCAACUCUGCGCCAACAGCAAAGAUGCGAUUGAUGUGGCAGAGCUGCAGAAGCAGGAGGUGAGUGCAGAGACGGUGGAGAGCUGGUGCGUUGAGGAGCAGGCCAUGGAGGUGGACAUCAGCCUGCUGCAGCAGGUCGAGAAUCUGGAGAGGAGAGUCAUCUCAGCUGGUCUGCAGGUCAAGGGCUGGAUGCAUCCUGAGCCCCAGUCACAGAGGGAGGAUCUGGUUUAUCAUGAGCACAAGCUCUUCUCUUCCUCUGCCCCAGAGAAGACGAGACAGAGAGAAACAAGCCAGGAGGAACUUCCUGGCAGCAUGGUGCGGCGGCCCAACAAUCCCCUCGAUAUGGCUGUCGUCAGGCUGGCAGAGCUGGAAAAGAACAUUGAGCGAAGCAGCGAGGAUGAAGUGGCUCCAGGGAUGAGGUUGUGGCGUAAAGCCCUCGCUGAAGUCCGCAGCUCAGCUCAGCUGUCACUCUGCGUUCAGCAGCUGCAGAAAUCCAUCACCUGGGAACGAUCCAUCAUGAAAGUGCACUGCCAGCUCUGUCACAAGGGGGAUAAUGAAGAACUGCUAUUACUUUGCGAUGGCUGCGACAAAGGCUGCCACACGUACUGCCAUAAACCCAAGAUCACCACCGUACCUGACGGCGACUGGUUUUGUCCCACUUGUGUAGCAAAGGGAAGUGGUCAGUCCCCCCGGAGCAGGAGGCACCAGAGCCGAACAGCUGGAGGAGGGAAGAAAAGCACCGAGGUAAAACGAAAUGGUAAGCCAUCUGUGCUAGGAGAGCUCAUCAAAGGCGAGGCUGCCAGCAGCAACAGCGUGCCAAAGAAAGGUACCAAGGAGUUCAAGAAGAGGAAAGGAGACGACAGCCCACCCAGCUCCCAGGCCAGGCAUGACAGCCCCGUCUCCUGCGCAAAGAAAGCCAAAACGGCCAGAGACGACAACACAGAUGGGCUGGCGACAUGCCGUGUGCUGCUGGCUGAGCUGGAGUCCCAUCAGGAUGCUUGGCCCUUCCUCACACCGGUCAACCACAAAGCUGUCCCCGGAUACAGGAAGGUCAUCAAGAAGCCCAUGGACUUCUCCACCAUCAGAGAAAAGCUCACCAACAACCAGUACUCAAAUCUGGAAACAUUCAUUGUAGACGUGAACCUGGUGUUUGAGAACUGUGAAAGAUUCAACGAGGAUGAUUCGGAUAUUGGACGAGCCGGCCACCGCAUGAGGAGCUUUUUUGACAAACGCUGGAUUGAACUGCUGCAAUGAGGAAAUAAAAAUAAACAAGAUUCCAGUGCGGACUCUCUGUGCUCCUCUCUACAUAUCAGACUUCAUCUUUAGUGUUUGGAAGCCUUCUCUUCACCUGUGACACUAAAUCAAUACACAGUUAUAACACUGAUGUGCAAUGUGUGAAAGCGCUCUCCUGCUGAGUAAAGACACUUCACAGAUUAAUAAGUGCAAUACUGUUUUCUUUAUCAAAACGCACUGACUCAUGGACUCAAUAUUGUAUUUGGGGAAACAUAGAUUUCCUCUGUAGAUAGACUUUUUUUAUCAUCAGUACUUUAGCUUAGUGAAUAUGUGUGUAUUUAUUUUCUCAACUAUUUAUGUUACAGUCAGUCCUUUGUUAGAAAAAGCAGGAAAUGGCACACAGCUUUAAAAAAAAUCUGAAUAUUGUUUUUAAUGAACAAGCCAAUCAAAAAAACAUAAUUGUUUACAGCUUUUUGAAUAUAAGGUGCCAGCAGCUCUACUGUUCAUCUGCGUUUGAGUUAACUGUGUGAAAUACAAGGAGGUAUCACUGUCACUAUGUAUGUAUACGGUGUACAGUACACACAGCACAGUCUUGUUAAAAUCUAGUUAAUGCAUAAAGAUGAUUGUAGCACUUCAUAUGUCUUGUACUGUACUACACCUGUGCUGAAUAUCAACUCAAAACACUGUGGUCUCCUCAGUAUUGUAGUGCCUGACCUCUGACCUCGCAAACAGUGUACGGAGGAGUGAGUUCUUUUUGUAUUUUCAGUGUGCGUACUGUAGGUGUGUCCUGCACAAUAUAUGGUAGGAAAACCCCUUUCACAAAACGUAAAAACUCCUUAAAGCAUUUCCUCUGCAAAGAACUGAUACGGUGCAUAUAGUGUGUUUCAUCUCCAAGCAUUUCCCUUCAGCCAGUCGUCUCAGACAUCCUGUGGAAACCUGCACUGGGCUUUAAUCCAGCUGGGAGUCGGACAGUGUCACGGUCCACCAGAGGCGUCUUGAGACAGCUGAAGUCCGAAGACUUGAAGUUACUGUAUUUUAUUAUGAAUGUUGUGAAAUGAGUAGAGACUUUUGUGGGAACAUUAUUUUUAAAUAGUGGCUGUGUGAUACAGAGGAAAAUAAACCUGUUUUUCAAAAUAA